AUGGACGGCGCGGAGGCCGGGGCGCGGGCCACCUUCGGAGCCUGGGACUACGGGGUGUUCGCGGGCAUGCUGCUGGUGUCCACCGGCAUCGGGCUGUGGGUCGGCUUGGCCCGCGGCGGCCAGCGCAGCGCCGAUGACUUCUUCACCGGGGGCCGCCGCCUGGCCGCGGUGCCGGUGGGACUAUCUCUGGCUGCCAGCUUCAUGUCGGCUGUGCAGGUGCUCGGGGUCCCCGCAGAGGCCGCGCGCUACGGACUCAAGUUCCUCUGGAUGUGCGCGGGCCAGGUGCUCAACUCGCUGCUCACCGCGCUGCUCUUCCUGCCCAUCUUCUACCGCCUGGGCCUCACCAGCACCUAUCAGUACCUGGAGCUGCGCUUCAGCCGGGCGGUGCGGCUCUGCGGAACGGGGCAGUACUUGGUGGCCACGAUGCUGUACACUGGCAUAGUGAUCUACGCUCCUGCGCUCAUCUUGAACCAAGUGACAGGGCUGGACAUUUGGGCGUCUCUCCUGUCCACCGGAAUCAUUUGUACCUUGUACACUACCGUGGGUGGCAUGAAGGCUGUGGUCUGGACAGACGUGUUCCAGGUGGUGGUGAUGCUCAGCGGCUUCUGGGUGAUCCUGGCCCGAGGUGUCAUGCUCACAGGGGGCCCCUGGACCACGCUGAAGCUGGCCCGGAACCAUUCCCGGAUCAACCUGAUGGACUUUGACCCAGAUCCUCGGAGUCGCUACACCUUCUGGACUUUUCUAUUGGGCGGCACACUGGUGUGGCUCUCCAUGUAUGGUGUAAACCAGGCCCAAGUGCAGCGUUAUGUGGCCUGCCGCACAGAAAGAAAGGCCAAGCUGGCCCUGCUCAUCAACCAGCUCUGCCUCUUCCUCAUCGUGAUCAGUGCGGCCUGCUGUGGCAUUGUCAUGUUUGUCUUCUACAGAGAUUGUGACCCUCUCCUCACUGGGCGAAUCUCAGCCCCAGACCAGUACAUGCCUUUGCUCGUGUUGGACAUCUUCGAGGACCUGCCUGGAGUCCCUGGGCUCUUCUUGGCCUGUGCCUAUAGUGGCACUCUCAGCACAGCAUCUACCAGCAUUAAUGCCAUGGCAGCUGUCACAGUGGAAGACCUCAUUAAACCACGAUGGCCACACCUAACACCCCGGAAGCUCAUCUUCAUAUCCAAGGGGCUCUCGCUCAUCUACGGAUCUGCCUGCCUCACAGUGGCUGCUCUAUCCUCACUGCUGGGGGGCGGUGUCCUCCAGGGCUCCUUCACCGUGAUGGGGGUCAUCAGUGGCCCGCUACUCGGAGCCUUUGCGCUGGGCAUGCUGCUCCCAGCAUGCAACACGCCUGGCGUCCUCUCUGGGCUGGCUGCUGGCUUAGCUGUGUCCCUGUGGGUGGCCCUGGGGGCCAUACUGUACCCACCUAGUGCAGAGAUCAUGGGAGUGCUACCUACCUCCACUGGUGGCUGCACAAACACCUCGGUCCUCCUGGACCCACAUGGACCUGCCAACGCCUCCAGCAGGGUACCCAGUUCUGGCAUGGACACAGAUCGACCUGCCCUGGCUGACACCUUCUAUGCCAUCUCCUAUCUGUAUUAUGGGGCUCUGGGCACGCUGAUCACCGUGUUGUGUGGCGCCUUCAUCAGCUACUUGACCGGUCCCACCAAGCGCAGCUCCCUGGGCCCAGGACUGCUGUGGUGGGAUCUGGCUCGCCAGACAGCGUCCGUGGCCCCGAAGGAAGGUGCAGCUACCCUAGAGGACAGCCUGGUGAAGGGUCCGGAAGACAUUCCUGCUGGGACUAAGAAGCCCGCUGAGGCCCACCUACUGUCCCCGGGGCAGGACAGAGAGGCCACUGGCUCCUGGACUCUGGACAGCACCCUAGACGGUGGUAGAGACCUGCGGGAGUCCAACCUCUGAGGGUGGGGCUGCCAGGACAGAGUGUGGGGCAGGGGCCUCAGGAACACCCACUCUCAUUGGCUGUUCAACAUCAUAUGCAAAUGAGAUUGG